GAGGUGCAGGAGAGGGAAGGAGGGGAAACAGGAGAAGACAAAAGAUUCAUAAAACUAAAAGCAAGUUGUGGACGACAGGAAAAAAAGUUCUCGUAAAGCUGACCUCUGACCAGCCGAAGCGAUGGGCAGCCUCCCAGUGGUCCUGCUCCUCUGCUGUUUCCACGCGCUCGCAGCUGUCGGCCGAGCCCAGCAGCCCGAGACGACCCAGGAGCCUGGAGGCGUCCUGCCGGCCAACUGCAGGGAGGAGAUGUACCCCUGCACCAGGAUGUACUCGGUCCACAGGCCCAUCAAGAGGUGCAUUGGAGGCCUUUGCCUCUACAGCCUCCCUCGAGUCUACGUGAUCAACAACGAGAUCUGCAUGAGGACAGUGUGUCAGCAGGACGAGUACCUGAAAGCCGAGCUGUGCCGGGAGCUCUCCGGGUGGCCCAGACGCAUCGAGAGGUCGUCCAAUAGGAAACGCUGUCGCAAUCGCCGUAGCAACCCCAAAACCUGGGCCAACAAGGCCUGAUGCUGAUGAAACCAAAGCCAACACACAGCCCGUAGCACCGUGAAGCCAGCAGCCGGGCCUCGGCGCUGAGUCAUAUCUACCUGGUGUACGAGUGCGCUGUUGUGUGUGAAUGUCGGAGGUGUGCUCGUCUCAUGUGUGGACACGGACCACGUGUCCACGGUUUACGACCCACUCACGGUACUGUAGUCACGGUUCUAUAGCAGCACUGAGUCAGUAACGCAACACAAGAGCCACCAGUCGGACUGCGGCACCAACAGUCCAGUAUUAUUAUCACCUGCACUAAUGUAUCCAAUAAAACAUUAACAGUUCA